AUGUCUUUAUCUGCUUCCGCUUUGACUUCCGAGUCUUCCCCUUCCUCACAUUCAUCAUCGUCGGAACUCAACAACAACAGCAUGAACCACAAACAACAUUAUGAAUCCAAUUCCAAAUCCUCUUCACACCACAACAUCUCAAAUACAAAAACAAUGGAUAUUCUGAAAAAAACAUUUUCAAUUUCCAAUAUGGAUAGAGAUUUAAAACACUUUGAAUGUAGAGAUCCAUUUAAUUCUUCAAAUAUUAUUAAGGGAUAUAUGAUUAUUAAACAUGGCAAAUUUAAUGGUUCAAUGAUUAUUGAUAAUAUUAAUCAUAUUGAUUUAAAUACUCCAAAUAUAGUAUAUAAUAUUCCCAAUUUGAAUUACUUGUAUCCUAAAAAACAAAAAAAACAAAAAGGCAUGUCCUUAUUACCUGAAUCUCAUUUCAAAUCCAUGAAAGGAUUGUUCUAUUACUGUUUUAUGAAGAAGUGGAAUGGAUCCAAUAUUGUUUUAUACAAGUAUAGAAAUCAUGAAGGGGAAUUAUUUAUCAGUGCAAAAACCAAAGGAACACCAAUUGUUGAGAAUAAUGAAAAAUACAAGAUCAAGUUCUUUGAUUUGACUAUCAAGUGUUUGAAAAAGUUAAACAUGUUGUUGAUAGAAGAAGAAUCCAAUAGUUUCAAGAUUAGAACAACCACGUCAGUAACAACCCCAUCUACAACAAUCACAUCAACAACAAUCACACCCCCAUCCAUGAAUCAUGAUGACAUUUAUUUUAAACAUUUCAUUGAGAAUGAUCAAAUCAAUUCCAUUUCAUGUGAAUUGUGUGGAUAUGAAGAACCUCAUUUGGUCAAGUAUGAUUUUGAUAUUGAAUUGAAACCAUUGUUGUUUUUGUAUCAGGAUGGAUCUAUUCAACCAUGUGUUGCAUUAAUGAUGAAUGAUCAUGAUGAUUCAAGAAUGAACUCUACCACCACUAAUACCACCACUAAUACCACCAUCGCAUCCACAGAUGAUCCUAUGAAGAAUGUCAUCAUGAUGGACAUCUCAUCACACAUUCCAGAGAACAAUCUACCCUAUGCGAUUCAUAUACACAACAGUAGUAGUAGUAGUAGUAGUAGUAGUGAUACAGAUAGCACUCCAACAACAGCUCACAAUUCUAGUAAGGCUACUACCACCAAUACCACUAAUAGUAGUAGUAGUAAUAAUAAUAACAAUAAUAACAAUAAUAAUAAUAUUAACACCACCAAUACAAACACCAUCAUGAUUAAUCAUCUCUAUGAAUAUAGCAAUAAUUAUCAACAACUCGUCUUUCAUAUCCAAUCACUACAAGAGUAUAAUCUCAAAUUGAAUGAAGCCUUUAGAAAGGAACAUGAUUUACCUCAUCGUUAUGAAUACAAUCAUUUCAUUACUGAGGGAAAUGUCUUGUACUUGUUAAAUAAGAAUUUGAAGUGUGUGGAUCGAAAUUUCAUUUACAAAGUGAAACCAAGUGAUGUGGAAAAUGUUCAUUGGGAAACAUUUGGUGAAAAACACAAAGCACUUGUGGAUGAAGCAUUAAAAAAGAUUGAUUUGAGAGGUUUAGAAUUGACAGAGGAUCACUUAAAGAGAGAAUUAGAUACCGUUGGAGAGAAGGGUUGGAGUAAAUUUGGAAAUGCCAUGAUCAAGUAUGUCCAAGAACAUCACAAGAGACAAGUUGUGUUGUUGAAUGGACAUGUUGCCACGACUACAACUACGGGUAAGAGAAAGAAUGUACCAAAUGAUCCAACAUCAACAACUUGUGAUGAGACCACGACGAGUACUCACGAGCAUGAUGAUGAGACGAUCGAGGAGGGUGAUGAUGACUCUGCAGAUUCCGUGCAUCCAAAGAAACAAAAGAAGGAAUAA